AUGUAAUAAUCAAAAAUGGAUUCCGAUUUUCGACAGUCAUUAAAUGCAACGCUUCCCGUCGCGUCAUGUGACCAGUAUCCCAGAAUCCUCCUCACCAGGAAGUGGAAUGCCGGAGAGUUCUCUGGUGUUGUUUUGACGAUGAUGGAGGAAGAAGAAUUUGAAUUUGCAGAAGACUUGGAGGCUAUUUUGCAUCUAACGCCAGAGGUGCAGCUAGCCAUUGAACAGGUUUUCCCCAGCCAAGACCCACUGGACAGAGCAGACUUCAAUGCAGUGGAAUACAUCAACACACUUUUCCCCACCGAGCAGUCUUUGGCUAAUAUUGAUGAUGUGGUGAACAAGAUUCGGCUGAAGAUUCGACGUCUGGAUGACGACAUCAGGACGGUGGUGAGAGGUCAGACCAACGUGGGCCAGGAUGGGAGACAGGCUUUGGAGGAGGCCCAGAUUGCCAUCCAGCAGCUCUUUGGCAAAAUCAAAGACAUUAAAGACAAGGCUGAGAAGUCUGAACAAAUGGUCAAGGAGAUUACGAGGGACAUAAAGCAGCUGGACCAUGCCAAGCGCCACCUCACUACUUCCAUCACCACCCUCAACCACCUGCACAUGCUCGCAGGAGGAGUCGACUCUUUAGAAGCCAUGACCAGAAAGAGGCAGUACGGCGAGGUGGCCAACUUGCUGCAGGGAGUGGUCAAUGUUCUUGAACAUUUCCACAAGUAUAUGGGCAUACCCCAGAUCAGGCAGCUUUCUGAGAGAGUUAAGGCAGCACAGAGUGAGCUAGGGACUCAGAUCCUGGCAGACUUUGAAGAGGCCUUCCCCGCUCAGGGUUCCAAGAGAACGGGUGGACCCAGUAAUGUGCUGAGAGACGCCUGCCUGGUGGCAAAUGUGCUGGACCCACGGAUCAAACAGGAGAUCAUCAAGAAGUUCAUCAGGCAACACCUCUCAGAGUACCUGGUCCUCUUCCAGGAAAAUCAGGACGUUGCUUGGCUGGACAAGAUCGAUCGGCGCUACGCCUGGAUCAAGCGUCAGCUGCUGGACUAUGAAGAAAAAUAUGGACGUAUGUUUCCUGAAGAAUGGUGCAUGACGGAGCGUAUUGCUGUGGAGUUCUGCCACAUAACCAGGGUGGAGCUAGCCAAAGUGAUGCGGACACGGGCUAAAGAGAUUGAGGUGAAGCUGCUUCUCUUUGCCAUUCAGAGGACCACAAACUUCGAAGGUUUACUGGCGAAACGCUUCACGGGAUGCACCUUGACGGACGUACCUGGAUAUAAAAAGCCAGAGAGCCCACUGGACCCAACCAACCCCUUUCUUGAGGAUGAGCCAGGAGAAGACGGGGCCGCAGAAAAGGAUGAAGACCUUGCUAAGCCCAGGAAGCCCAAAGCCCCAGACAACCCUUUCCACGGCAUUGUCUCAAAGUGCUUUGAACCUCAUCUAUAUGUCUACAUUGAAUCCCAGGACAAGAACCUGGGUGAACUGAUUGACCGGUUUGUGGCCGAUUUCCGAGCGCAAGGCCCACCCAAGGCGGGCACGGAGGAGGGCGGAGCCGUCCUGCCCAGCUGCGCUGACCUUUUUGUCUAUUACAAGAAGUGUAUGGUACAGUGCUCCCAGCUCAGCACUGGAGAACCGAUGAUCGCCCUCUCAACCAUCUUCCAGAAGUUCCUGAGAGAGUAUGCUUGGAAGAUCCUCUCUGGCAACCUACCAAAAUCCAGCACUAACAGCGGGGGUCUCACCAUCAGCAGCCUGCUGAAGGAAAAAGAAGUCUCCGAGGCGGCGAAGUUCACCGUGGACGAGCUCUGUCUCAUCUGUAGCAUUCUUAGCACUGCGGAGUACUGCCUGGCUACCACUCAACAGUUGGAAGAGAAGCUAAAGGAGAAAGUAGAUAAAAUCUUGGUGGAACGAAUUAACUUGACCGGGGAGAUGGAUACGUUCAGCACUGUGAUCUCAAACAGCAUCCAGCUGCUUGUUCAAGAUCUCGAUGCCGCCUGUGAUCCCGCUCUGACUGCCAUGAGCAAGAUGCCGUGGCAGAGUGUGGAGCACGUCGGUGACCAGAGUCCUUACGUGACGUCCAUUAUCAUGCACAUUAAGCAAAAUGUGCCAAUCAUCAGAGACAAUCUCGCCUCCACGCGCAAAUACUUCACACAAUUCUGCAUCAAGUUCACAAAUUCUUUUAUUCCAAAAUUCAUCAACCACUUGUUUAGAUGUAAGCCCAUCAGCAUGGUGGGAGCUGAGCAACUCCUCCUCGACACUCACUCCCUGAAGACCGUCUUGUUGGAUCUGCCCUCCAUAGGCUCCCAGGUGCUCCGCAAGGCUCCUGCCAGCUACACCAAGAUCGUGGUGAAAGGCAUGACGCGUGCCGAGAUGAUACUUAAGGUGGUGAUGGCCCCACAUGAACCGCCAGUGGUGUUUGUUGAUAACUACAUCAAGCUUCUUGCUGAUGGGAAUCCCGAGACCUUCCAGAAGAUUCUGGAUAUGAAGGGUCUGAAACGCAGCGAACAGAGCAGCAUGCUGGAUCUCUUCAGGCAAAGGCUACCCACCCCGCCCUCCGGGGCCGACGGCGGCCCCUCUCUGUCCUUCAGCACCCCCACCCCUGAGCAAGAGUCCUCCCGCAUCCGCAAACUGGAGAAGCUCAUCAAGAAGAGACUGUGAACAGACGCACACUGAAGUUAAAAAGACUGUCGGCCGGGCCGGGCUUUGACACUUUUUGCGGGUUUUCAUCUCCUCCAUCCUCCAUUCAGUUAUCGAGGGGGAAUUAGAGAAGGAGGAGGAAGUUGACUGAGUUGUUCUGUCGGAGCUGGUGCUGGAUUAUAAGGAAACUUCCUCAACUGUUUCUUGACGCUGUUACGUACGCCUUGCACUUCUGUAGUUUUCCAUCUUUCUUUUCAUGACACUAACAUCUGAGCUUUUGUAACAUUUGUUGCACUCUGAAGACCGAAUGUAGUGUUAAAUAAUUCUGCUCAGAGGGCUGCUGCUCCUCUGCAACAUAUCUAAUUUCAGAAUAAUUACAGGAAGCCUGAUCUUAAUUAAAGUUGAUGUUUUUUUUUUUUUUUA